GAAAGGACGAUACAUCCAAAAGGUUAGUGUCCCAUACAGUCAACUAUACCUACUAUGCCAACUUACCUCUGCAGCUGGAAGUCCUGGGGAACCUGGAGGACCUGGAGGGCCUGGUGGACCUCGAAUAGAUUCUCCUGGUGGACCCUAGAUAAAUCCAGAUCCGGAAUAUAUUUUGAGACAGUCCUUACCAUCUGGCGGUGGAGGAGGGGGAGGAAAAACGCCAAGGUCAUCGGCGGUACCACUUCCUUCGCGGUACGUCCGGUCAUAGUCGGUUCGUUCCACCUGCGGAAGGAGAAAGUUAUGUAGUAUAACAUACUAUGUAAAGAACAAUGUUAAUUAGAAGAACCAAUCAUAAGGAAUUUUACAACAGGGUGCCCGAGUAUACCAAAGAACACAAGGAGAGAGCAUUGGCAAAGGGUUUUCUUCCAACACUCAAAGCAACACCACGAGCAUUCAUCGGCAUAUCUGCAUCUAUAGCCUGGUAGUUUCAGGAUGCCGCGAUAUGCUGACGCACUCCGCAAUGGAAUCACGAAGCAUGCUAUUCAAAACCGAGAGGAAAUCUUUCCUCCUUCUCCCAAUACAUCGAAGAGUAUGCUGUAGGAUCCUAUUGCGGCAGAUUAGAGCUGCUAGCUCAAUGCAUUAAGAAAUUCUGAACAACACCUGGAAGCGUAAGAAAGCAUCGGAAAUGAUGUCUCUUUUAGUAUAACACAUGGAUGAAAACAUCAAGCAAUAUCAGGAGUAUUCUUCGGCAUGCCGGUAACUGCAGCUUGGUCACCAUGGGAGCAGCAUGCCGACACAUCCCGGUACGGUAUCAGAUAUGAUGGUCUUCGAUGCCUCAAUACAUUGAAGAGCAUGAACCUUUAAACCUUGGAUGUCAUGAUAGUUAGAC